GCACCUGUCACAGAAGCAGCAGGGCUGCGCUCGGCCGCAGGACGCGCCGCCGCACUGUCCCCCCCGGAGAGCGCGUCAGGACGAAAGGGGAGAAGAGCGGGCCUCCCUCAGGCAGUCGUGCUGACCCCAGGGCCGGGGCGCCGCGACUUGCUCCGUCACCGGGACCGGAGGCGACCGGACGUCGGACGCGGCACGAGCUUUCCGAUUCCAUCAGCACAGCGCCUAGAACUCUCCUCCUUACCCAGCUCGGAUCGUGUUUCUAUCAGGCACCAGCACGGCUUGCGUGGACCCCCAGAGAAAGAAGCAGAGGUUAACGUCUCAGCCGAGAACGCCACAGGCGAAGCCCGCCGGGGCCAUCGCGGCAGGGAAGACGCUCGGGGCACCUUCGCCCCUUCGCUUCCCGCCCCAGCGCCCCGCCUCUAUGACGCCACACGCCGCGCCGCCGGGGUGCGUCAUCGCGGCGCGCCGCCACCCGGCUCUGCGCUCAGAGGGGCCAUGGCGGAGGUGGGCCGGGUGGCGGUGCGCGACCCCGGCGCGCUGCUCCCGGGGGGCUUCUGGGCGGCGGUGGCCGUGUGGCUGGAGAGGCCGCAGGUGGCCAACAAGCGGCUGUGUGGCGCCCGCCUGGAGGCGCGGCGGAGCGCCGUCCUGCCCCGGGCCGAGGACCGCGGCGCCCGGCCGAGCGCAGGCCCCGAGCAGCCCCGGGGCCGCCGCCAACAGGGCGGGGACCAGACGGAAGCGGCCGCGGCGCCUCCGCCCGCAGGGGCCCCCGGCCGGUCCGGCGCGGCUGGAGUCGGGGAGCGCGGCGUCCCCGCCGCGGCGCUGGACGCCCUCUGGGCCGCCUUCUCCCGGAGCCUCGCCGGCGGCGGUCCGGAGAUGCCGGCCUUCCUCGCCGGCUCCCGGGCGGGGGCGCGGCCAGGGCCGCAGCACGAGCUGGACCUGGUGCUCAGAACCGUCAUCCCGAAAACGAGCCCGCGCCAGCCGCUUCUGGCUCCGCGGAGAGAAAUGGUCGUGCAAGAUGUUCUCAAUGGAACUGUAACUUUUUUGCCUUUGGAAGAAGAUGAUGAAGGGAAUUUAAAGGUCAAGAUGAGCAAUGUGUAUCAAGUUCAGCUCAGUCGUUGCAAAGGAGAAUGGUUCAUAUCUAUUUUAAUUUUCUGUCCAGAAAGAUGGCAUUCAGAUGGAAUUGUUUAUCCCAAACCCACCUGGCUUGGGGAGGAGUUGCUGGCUAGGUUGGCCAGGUGGUCCGUGGAGAGCGGGAAGAGUGGAUUUAAGAGCACGCUGUCCCUCAUUUCCGUUCUGAAGUACAGCAGGACCUACCAGGAGCUUAAGGAGAAGUAUAAAGACAUGGUCAAGGUGUGGCCUGAAGUAACUGAUCCUGAGAAGUUUGUUUAUGAAGAUGUGGCUAUUGCGGCCUACCUGCUGAUUCUAUGGGAAGAAGAAAGAGCUGAGCGGGGAGUGACAGCUAAGCAGUCCUUUGUUGACUUAGGAUGUGGAAAUGGUCUCCUGGUCCAUAUACUGAGCAGUGAGGGGCAUCCAGGCAGAGGGAUUGAUGUCCGAAGAAGAAAAAUCUGGGACCUUUAUGGACCACAGACUUGCUUGGAGGAAGGUGCGAUCACACCAAAUGAUAAGACCCUUUUCCCUGACGUUGAUUGGUUAAUUGGUAACCAUUCCGAUGAACUAACACCAUGGAUACCUGUCAUGGCAGCCAGGUCCUCCUACAGCUGCUGCUUCUUCGUCCUUCCCUGCUGCUUCUUUGACUUUGUUGGAAAGUACCAGCGGAGGCAGAGUGAGAAGACUCAGUACCGGGGAUACCUUGAUUUCAUUAGAGAAGUGGGGUCGGCCUGUGGAUUUCACGUAGAGGAGGACUGCCUGAGAAUUCCUUCUACCAAGAGAGUUUGUCUCAUUGGGAAGUCUAGAACAUACCCGCCCUCCGGAGAAGUUUCCCUCGAUGAGCAGAGAACCCAGUACAUCAGCAGCAGGCGGGGCUGCCCUGUGGGCCCACCUGGUGAGGAGCCUGCCCCUGGUCCCCCCAGGGUUGCUGCCGGCGGUGCCCAUCACCCUGGUGGUCACAGAGCCUUGGACGCUGAGGCUGGGCACAGGCCCCAGGCCCAGGCCGCAGGACUCUGGCUGCCUGGAUUUCACCCCAGAGAAAAAGCUCAACGCGUAAGGAACUGUGCUGCCCUCCCUCGAGACUUUAUUGACCAAGUGGUUUUGCAAGUGGCAGAUUUGUUAUUAGGUGGGAAGCAGUUAACCACAGGAAGUUCUCCAGGUGGCAGUCUGAAGACCUGGAAUCGAGGAGAGAGCCUUUCCUUGGCUGAAGUAGCUGGUGAGCUGGGCAGGGAGACUCUGCGGAGACUGAAGCGAGAAUGUGGAGGCUUGCAGACGCUGCUUAAAAACAACCAUCAGGUGUUUGAAGUUCUGGAUGGGAGAGUUCACAUUCGCGACUGGAGAGAAGAGAGGCUACAGAAGAAAAGGCAACCAGAAGCAAAACGGAGACUGGUUCCUGAAGCUUUCAAAACCCGCAUCUGUUGGUUUUUCACUCAUCACCCUGAUGGUUGUGUUCUGCCUUCACACUGCUGCCCGUUUGCCCACGGGCCUGGGGAGCUGCGGCCGUCCCCGGCUACCAGGAAGAAAGAGCGGGUUUUGUGAGCUGCUCUGUCCUGCGAGUGGAGGCCUGCCCUGGUGCAGGGAGGCCACGUCAAGAGAGAUGUCCUGGCUCCUCUGAGCCCUGCAGCUGCUGUGCUGGUGGUGGUCACAGUUGGACGGUCCUAUUGUCCUCUGAUCUCCGUGGUAACGUAGUUACGUGACAUGUUCAUGGGAAGCUAGAGUCACUCCUUGUCACUCCUAGAAAGUGAGUCUGAAAGUUCUCGCAGUGUCUUGGAGUCCAGAACACGUGGGAAGUGCUUGAGCCAGCCCUUUUGGGCACCAUCUGGCUCGCCUGACUCGUCGCGUCGGGGUGUGAGAAGAGCAGGGGACCCCGAGCGGUGAGCCGUUCCUGCCAGCAGCUGGCUGAGCGGAGUUCCGCUGCUCUGGGUGCUGACCUCCCUCUCUCCUGCCUUCUCCUCCGGAUCUCCCCGCAAGCACUGUUAGUUCUUUUGAUUCCAGAAAAAAAAAAUCCUAAUGUAUUUCUAUUUAAAAUUAUUUUUACACUUUUACCCGGAA